GGCCAAGCCUCUCACUCGCCGCUGUUCCUGGCGGGGAGAUCACGGCGGCGCGUAUUGUGCAGCAGCGGGAGUUUAGCCCUGGUACCGGGACCUUCUUCCGCCGUCUCUCUCUACAUCCCGGAAUUUUUUUUAUUCUAUUCCCCGUGUCCUGACGUGAGGAGCCGGCGCUGCCUCUGCCCAUUGAAUCCUCGUUGCCGGCGGUAUAAAGUUUAGUGUGGAGCCGGGACCUUCCAUUGUCUCGUAGCCCAUGGCGACCUCCACCCCGAGGCAGUCCAGCCGGCGGAGCAGCAUGAGCACCCCGCUCAGCCCCACGCGCAUCUCCCGCCUGCAGGAGAAGGAGCAGCUGCAGCAUCUGAACGACCGCCUGGCCGUCUACAUCGACAAGGUGCGGAGCCUGGAGUCCGAGAACAGCGUGCUGCAGCUGCAGGUCUCCGAGCGGGAGGAGGUGCGGAGCCGGGAGGUCACCGGCCUGAAGGAUCUCUACGAGACCGAGCUAGCGGACGCCCGGCGGAGCCUGGACGACACUGCGCGGGAGCGAGCCAAGCUGCAGAUAGAGCUGGGCAAGCUGCGGGGCGACUACGAGCAGCUGCAGCUCAGCUUCUCAAAGAAGGAAUCGGACUUCAGUGGUCUUCAGGCCAAGCUUAGGGACAGCGAGGCUCUUCUCCACACCACAGAUGCGGCGCUUGUCACUGCAAAGAGCGAGAAGAAAGCUCUGGAGCAAGAGGUGGAAAGUCUGCAAUCUGAGAUUGAGCAAUUUGAGUCUGCGUUGGCAAAGUUGAAGUCACAGCUCGGUGAUGUAACUCUAAUCAAAGUGGAUCUUGAAAAUAAAUGCCAAUCUCUGAAGGAAGACCUCGAGUUCAGGAAAAAUAUACAUGAAGAGGAGAUCAAAGAAUCUAGAAGACGGCAUGAAACCCGCUUGGUAGAAGUAGAUUCUGGGCGUCUGGUUGAGUAUGAACACAAGCUUGCCCAGGCGCUGUCGGACAUGAGGUCACAGCAGGAAGACCAAGUUAAGAUCUAUAAAGAUGAACUUGAGCAUACUUAUCAAGCGAAGCUGGAGAAUGCAAAGCUGUCUUCUGAGAUGAACAGCAGUACUGCUCGGAGUACUCGGGAGGAGCUAAUGGAGAGCCGCUUGCGGAUCGACAGCCUGACAACCCAGUUGUCAGACUUGCAGAAAGAGUCUAGGGCAUGGUAUGACCGGAUGCAAGAGUUGGAAGAAUUACUUGCUAAAGAAAAGGAUUCUUGUCGCCGAAUGCUUGCAGAAAGGGAGCGGGAAAUGGCUGACAUAAGGGACCAGAUGCAACAACAGCUUUCAGACUAUGAACAGCUUUUAGAUGUCAAACUUGCCUUGGAUAUGGAGAUAAGUGCAUACCGCAAACUGCUGGAAGGUGAAGAGGAAAGGCUAAAGCUUUCUCCCAGUCCUUCAUCCCGUGUGACUGUAUCUCGAGCUUCUUCAAGCCGUAGUGUAAGAACCACCAGAGGCAAAAGAAAGCGGGUAGAUGUAGAAGAGUCGGAGGCUAGCAGUAGUGUGAGCAUUGCCCACUCUGCUUCUGCAUCUGGCAAUGUAGCUGUCGAAGAAUUGGAUGUGGACGGCAAAUUUAUCCGACUGAAGAACAACUCUGACCAGGAUCAACCAUUAGGAGGCUGGGAGAUCGCCAGAACAAUUGGAGAGACAACAGCCAACUACAAGUUUACCUCAAGAUAUGUGCUUAAAGCGGGACAGACUGUUACGAUCUGGGCUGCUAAUGCUGGAGUCCCUCAAAGUCCUCCCUCUGACCUCAUCUGGAAGAACCAGAAUUCUUGGGGCACUGGUCAAGAUGUCAAAGUUGUGUUGAGAAACUCUCAGGGAGAGGAAGUGGCUCAAAGGACGACUGUGUUUACAACCUCUGUACCCGAGGAAGAAGUUGAUGAAGAGGAAGUAGAGGUAGCAGAAGAGCUUGAGACAGAAAACCGGCUACGUCGACAGGCCGCUGACAACAGAAGCUGUUCUGUAAUGUAGAGCUGUCAUCAGCCUGGCUACAGAUUAUGAGCCUCUUGGAACUGAUGCUUCACUGGUAUACAGCAUAAAAUGCCCAAGUUAAUGGCCUUACCUUUUCAAUUACAGUAAUGGGCAUUUGGCCAUUGCUUCAAUUGAAACAUGUAAAAUGUGAAUUGACUGGUUAUACACUGAUAGAUCCUGGAUGAAUCGGAAGUGGAAUCUAAAAUGUGAAGGCCAUGUGUUGUCACCUGACAGUCCUGUGACUGCACUUAAAGGUGCUCUGAUUGGGGGCACAUGGCAUUUGUGCUUCCAGCAUUUUUGUACUGCAUUUUUUUUUUACUUUCUAUCACAAAAUCUAAAUUUUAAACCAUUUUAUCCCUCAGCUCUAUUGCAAAGGUGUUACUUGUAUUAUGUGAAAAAUGCAGCAGUUUUAUUGUACUUUAUUUUUUUUUUAUUAGAUUGGGUGAUGUCAUAGCUAUUUUAAAUAGGACACCAUUUUAAAUAAAAUAAAAAACUUUCUAAUUUGAUUCUUA